AUGAUUUUUUUACUAUUUUUAGUGGCAAUUUGCUCGGCGAGCAAUUUUCAGCAGAAUCCUUUCACUCAAUUCGACUCGUCAAAAAAUGCGGCGAUCAGCGGUCAAUGCGCGAACGACACGCGAAAAUGGAUCGCGUCGCUUCGGAUGUUCAUGACGGCCGCCGAACACUGCACCAUCACCUUGAAUUGCACCAACGACGAUCGGCGCGCGAUGCGCGAGAAUCGCUACGCAUUCCAACAAUUGGACGCGUUCGGCAAAUUUCCGGUGCCGGGUCUCGCCGAGCUCACCAACGUGCUCGACGGCUCCUAUCAAGAAUGUCAGCGAAUCGACGGAAUCGCCUACGAGACGAAUUAUUGCUAUUUGAUGUUGUUCCCUGGAAAGUGCCAUUUUCCCGACGGCCUCUUCUACAGAUCAGCCGUGUGUAUGCCGAAAUCGUGUGGGAAGCAUGACCUCGUUCGACUAUUCAAUGACCAUUCCCGUCUGCCGUUCAAAGCGUGCGCGGCAUUUUGCGUCAAACGAGACGUCGAAAAAGACUCGGCGUUUUGGGGUUUCACAAUAUUCAUGAUCGUCGCCGUCGGCGUUGCCCUUGUGGCAACGGUGAUCGAUUUUCUGCGCGAGACAAUUUUGGGAAUCGAGUCGGCCCGCGAGAAAAUGCUUGGCCUACGCAUCCUCUACGCGUUCUCGUUCUGGACGAACGCCGGUCAAAUUUUGUCGGUGAAAGAGCAAAAGGCGGGCUUCAUCAAAUCGUUGGACUGCAUUCGACUAUUCUCGAUGUCUUGGGUUGUGUUCGGCCACGCCACCUACUAUUUCACGUUUUCCGACACGCUCGCGCCGAUCUCGACGGUGCGCAACAAGAUCUACAAUCAUUUGGUGUUGGACGCGUUCCUGUCGGUCGACACGUUCUUCAUGCUUUCCGGAAUCGUCGUCGCUUAUCUGUUCUUCAAGCAGCGCCCGAAGCCGGCAAUCGUGAGAAGCCCUCUGACAUGGACGCUGUUUUACGUGCAUCGCUAUCUGAGACUCACACCUCCCGUCAUGCUUUUCAUUGGAUUUUACACCGUCUACAUGCCAUUUCUCAAGGGUCCCUAUAUGGCGUCGUUUGGAAAUGAAUACGCGGCCGAAGUUGACAAUUGCAAACAGCGUUGGUGGCAGAAUUUAAUCUACAUCAACAAUUUCGGGCCCGAAAUGAAAUCGUGCUACGGUAUCACUUGGUAUCUCGCCGCCGACACACAAAUGUACGUGGCGGCGCCGAUCGUCCUCAUCGCGUUCUACUACAAAUCGAUUGUGGGUCUCGCAACGGCAACCGUAAUCGGGAUAGCGAGCAUCGUGGCCACCUAUGUCAUCUAUGCGACCCAUUCCUAUCUGCCGGCGGAAUCGAUUGGCAACGAUCCCCACGGCAACUACUUCAAUUUGAUCUACGGCAAACCGUGGAUACGUUGCACACCGUACCUCGUCGGCAUCGUCACCGGCUACUUUUUGGCGAUCAACGGCGCCCGAAAGCCGCGAUUGCACUUGAUGCUGAUACUCAUCGGAUGGGCGUUGGCGUUGGCCGUCGGACUCGCCUGCGUGUUGUCGAACUACGAUUAUGAUCGCGGUGUUGUAUGGAGCGCGUUUGGCAAAGCGACGUUCAACAAUUUCCAGCGGCUUGGAUGGUCGCUCGCGCUGGCCUGGACCAUUAUCGCCAAUCAUUUGGGAUGGGGAGGACCCAUCAACGCGUUCAUGUCGCACCCGAUUUGGCAGCCGUUUGGACGAUUGUCGUAUUGCGCUUAUAUCGUACACUGGGUGGUUAUCGGCUAUUAUAUGAACGUCGGCGAGCGCCCAAUUCAUUUUUUCAAUAUCUGGCAAGUGUAUUUGUACUACGCCAUUCCCAUCACGUUUUUGUCGUUCUUUUUUGCAUUUUGGUGGAGCGGUUUGUUUGAAUUGUCAACGCUGAAACUUGAAAAAAUGCUCAUCGAAGCAAUAAUUGGACGUCAACCGAGCGCGCCGAAAAUUGAAGAUGUUAGGAAGACUGCUAGCUGGGAUGUUCCGCAAAAUUGCGCAUAA